CUUAAAAAUAAAUACGAUUUUUUAUAAAUUAAAAUUUUUUUGUUUUUCCGGUUUUUGCUGUUGAUAGGUAUAGUGUGUGAUUUAUAAUUUAAUUAUAACUAUUUCUUAAGAAAAUAUUUACAAUGAAUAAAUUAAUAAUUCCUUCACCUCCAAAUUGGUAUGAAGUUGAUAUUAUGGCAUGCUCUCCGGACAAUACCUUAAUAUAUGGUUCUCGGCAAGAUAUUAUAGUUAUUAAACCAACUUCAGUAGAUUUACCUGAUCAAGUAGAAAUAAUAGCCAAGGCGCAUUCUUCCAGGAUUAUUUCUGUAAACAUAAAUAGAAACUGGGGUAAUCCUCAUAAGUAUGCAGUUACAGUGUCUGAAGAUAAAGUUGUGAAAUUAUGGGAUAUUGAUAUGUUGGAAAGAGUUCAAUCUCAUAAUAAACAUCUAACAGAUAAUUCAAAAUCAAAAGUGAUAUGUGCUCAGUUUGCUGGAGAUGACAGAGUAAUUAGUGUAUCAGAAAAUGGAGAAAUUGUUAUUUGGAAUUUGGUUCAAAAUGAAACAAAAAGUCUGACACUUUUAUCAGAAAUCAAAGCUACUGUAACAUGCAUGUCUGUAUGUCCACAUGCAAGUUGGUUAGCUGCUUUUGGGUUAAAAACUGGACUAAUUGUUAUUCUAGACUUAAGAAAAAAUGGACAAAUUUUGUUCAAAUUAAGGGGACAUGAAAAGAGUAUUGUUUCUUUAUCAUGGUGUCCAGUUCCAGUUAACGUAUUUCCAUUAAAACCUCAUAAUAAAGUAGUAGAAAAAGUGAGUGAGAACUUAGAAGAAGAGGAAAAAGUUGUUGGGGAAAAAGAUUACAGAAGAAAACAAGAAAAUCCAAAGAAGAGAGAAGAUACUGAAAAAAGUACAGUAUUGGUGGGCAGUGAAGAAAUAUUACAAGGUGAUUCACAGAAAUUAGAAAUUCCAAGAAUGGCACAUAGAAAAAAAGGGAGGGGGAGUUUAGUUGAUAUAUUAAUUGAAAAUGAUGUUAAAAGUCCACCAAACAAUGAGAAUGGUGAUGCAGAUAUUCCUACAAAUCAAGGAGUUACUGGAUUGGAAAUUUCAAAUUCAAAUGACCUAGAAUUAGAACAAACACUAUCAAAUAAUUCUAUAUUGUCUUCAGAACUUUCUGUUUGUGAUAAAACAGAUUCAGAUAGAAGAACAACACAUGGGGUUGAAAGUAACUCCUUACCUUCAAAUAUACAACAAUCAAGUGAUAAGGAGAGUCAAGUAAAGGAUGAUAAAGGCUCUGUAGAAGAUUCAACAGAAAAUCAAGAAGAAAUACAUGUUUUGAAUGAUGAAGAUAAAAUAGACAAUUUAAAUAGUGGUGAAGCUUCUGGACCUAAAAAUGAUAAUCAAGAUGUUGAAAGUGAAGAACAGAAGUGUGAUAAGAAGGAAAAUGAAGAUGAUUGGAGAAAUAAGGAAGAACAACCAAGGAAAGAGUAUUUAUUAGCAUCUUCUUCUAAAGAUUCAAACAUAUACAUCUGGAGGGCUGGUACUGAUGGCAGAAUGCAAACUUUCCUCUCGCUACCACACAAAUCCUUUAAAAAAGGCGGCCGCAACGAGAAAAUGUGGACUUGUUUAUGUUGGGCUGCCCCACAAAUACUGUUAUCCUCAUCCAGAAAUGCAGAGUUGAUUCGCUGGACAUUGCCUAAGCCUUUAGACCAGUCAAAAUUUAUGCAUGUGGUACACAGAGACCACUGGUCUGUAUUAUUUAGUAUAAAGACGCCUAUUACUUACUAUGAUGAAUAUAACUUUCUACAAAACAAAGACAUUAAUGUUUGGACAACAGGAAUGGAAAGACUGAUAUUAAAUACAAACCUUAAAUCACAAGAAAAUCUUAAUUGUUAUCAAACAUUUGGCGCAAAUAUAAAUUGUAUAGUUGGAUCACCAUUGGAUCCAAAUAGAUUGGCUAUGGGCUCUGGAGAAGGUACAGUGCAUAUUUGGGACAUCAGUAAAGAUCACAAGAAAAAAAUCUAUCUGUCAACAUUUUACCAAAAAAUUUUAAGUUCAGUGACUGCUUUGGCAUGGCACCCUCUCAUUGAAACUUCACUUGCUUGGGGUACUGCAGAGGGCAGGAUAGGUAUUUUCGAUAUUAAUGGGAAAUCUAAAAACAACCCCAAAGUGUUCCAGCAAUAUUUCAAAUCACAAAUUUAUAAAAUUGAAUGGGGUCCUCUUAAGGAAAGCGAUGAUAAGGGACUUUACGUUGUUAGUGAAGGAAGUAUUGGCAUUUUCGAUCCUAAAGAUACCAAUAAAGUGCCGACAUUAUUGGAGCUACCAGACAAUACAUUUGUUUAUACAAUGUCUUGGAAACCCGAUUUAAGUAUGCAUUUGGUGUCAUCUAAAGCAGGAGCCUUAAUAUGUUAUGAUGCUUCCCUAAAGAUAUCAAAUAUCAGUUAUGUUCCGAAUAGGCUUCAGUCAAUUUUAUGGCAUCCUGAUGCCAUAACAAAUGAUGUUACAGUAUCGAAAUAUUGCCAGACAUUUGUGUCAAUAGUACAGUCAACUGAAUUUAUAGUUUUUGAUUUUAGUAAAGAGGGUGAAAAUGAAGAGAAACAAAUGGCUCAUUUUAAAACCAGAGGCCAUUUUAAAAACAAAUCUCUAAUUAAUUGUAUAGCUUGGAGUCCCCAUAACGGCAGUCAGUUAGUUUUUGUAGACGAGGUGGGAGUAGCCCAGGUUUUUGAUAUCGAAUCACAAACUAUAUUGUGUACAUACAUAAAUCCAACUUUGGAUGCGUUAUAUUCAGUUUACUGGAGCCCACUUGAUGCUGACUAUAUAAUAACAGCCAGUAUCAGACACAAAAUAACAAUUUGGAAAGUGUCGGAAAAUAUGCCCUUAACAGAAAAAGAAAUCAAUGUUGUCAGGAAUAAAAUUUCAAAAGCUUUUAGCAAAGAAGUUUCUAAUCUCUUAGUUAAAAGUAAAGUAGAAGAUCCCAGUGCUAACAACAAUAAAACAAAUACUAAAAAAACGACAAAGUCCGAGAUUUUACCAACAUUUUAUACAUUCAAACCGAAAAAUGAGUCUGAAGAUAUUAGAAAAUUAUUGAAAUGGAAAUUAGAGAAUAUUUCUAAGGAACCAACAACACAAAAUUCAGAAAGUCUGGAUAUAUUGGAUAUUUUUGGAGAGCAGAGCGAUUUAGAAAAAGUUUUGACUUUAAAUAUAAACGCAUUUAAAAAUAGAGGAAAAUAUCAAAACAGUAAUAUCUUAUUACUAUUCAAAGGUGAUGUUAGUGAAGAAGUAAAAUCUGCAAUAAUCCAGAAAAGAGUAAAUCCGUGGAUUAUAUCUAUAUCUCCUAUGAUAUCUAUAACCUUAUGGCAGAUGGCUUGUGAAACUUAUGCUGAGCAGCUCCAAGAGGAUGAAAAUUCUGACCCCAUGGAAAUAGUCACAUACUUACUUGCUUGUCAUAAAGUAGAAAAAGCCGUACACAUUCUCAGCAACAAAAUGAUGUUCAAAGAAGCAUUUGUCCUAGCUAAAACGCGCCUCGGUGUAGAUAGUCCUUUACUUACUGAAGUACUGGAAAAAUGGGGCAAAGACUUGAAUUAUCAUGGGGCAUUUGCGCGGGCAGCACAAUGCUACGUAGUUAUCGGCAAAUACCAAGAAGCAGCAUCAGCGUUGUUUAGGCUUAAAACAUCGAACCUUGAGUUGUUAAAGUUGGGCGUCGAGCUUGCUCAGUUGUCUGGAAACGAAGAAUUGCUUAAGGCUCUGCAAUUCAAGUUCAAUGCAUUUAAGUCAGAAGAAACUGUAGAAGAUAACACUGGAGUUGACGAAAACGAAAAUGUGAAAAAACAGGUAGGUAUUGUUGAGAACAGUAAUAUAAAUGGAGGAAAUGAAGUUACACAAGAAAAAGAAAAUGUAAUCAGGGAAUCUACAGGUGACAGUCCAAUAGAAUGCAGUUUAAACAAACUAAAUGCCCAAGAAAGCACAGAAAUUGUUGAGGGUGAUUUAAAAAAUGGAGAUAUAAAAGGAAAAGAAUGUUCUGUGGAUAAGGAAUCUGUAGAUAAUGGGAACUUAAUAGAACCCUGUACCCAAACUGUAGAGUUUGAGCGUUCGAUAGAGUGUAGCUUAAAUGAACAGUGCAGUUUAUCAAAAACAGACGCUAUUGAGGUCAGUAUUAAAAACGGAGUUGAUGUGACUGUUAAAGAAAAUGACAUUUCUGUCAAGGAGUCGGUAGAGUAGGCAGAACAAAACAGUGAUAAAAACCAAGAUAUUAUCUAAGUUUCUAAAUCUAAAAUUUAAAGUUCAGCAUAAUAAGAUGCUUAUGAUUGAGAAGUUUUAUUUUUUUUUAUUUUAUAGUUUUAGGUUUAUUAUUUGACUGAAUGAUUUACUUAUUUUUGAUUGAUUCCCUAUUUAAUAUAGUGUUGUUUUGUUAUUUUGAAGCUGAUCUGUUAAUUAAAAUAUAAGAAUGUAAUCUUUACGUUUAUACUAUUUCGAUGGUUGAAAUAAAUGUUUUUGGUAAUGACAUUUCUGUCAAGGAAUCGUUACAAUAGACAGAAAAAAAUGCCAUAAAAACACAGAUGUAAUAUCUGAGUUUCAAAAUCUAAAAGUUAAUAGUUCAUUAUAAGAUGCUUGUGAUUGAGAAGUUUUAUUUUUUUUAUUAUGUUAUAGGAUUAUUGGUUUGACAAUAUGACUUAUUUUUAAUGGAUUCUGUAAUUAAUAGAAUGCUAUUUUGUUACUUUCAAGCUGAUCUGUUAAAUAGAUAUAAGAGUGUAAUACUUUAAGUUUGUCCUAUUUCAAUUGUUGAAAUAAAUGUUCGUUU